AUGUCUCGUUUGGAGUUCAUGGCUGUGAGAUGUACAGCUGUACCUGUGCGUUUAAUGCCGACAGAGGAAGCAGAGCUUGAUGAUCAGAUGGACACGGAAGAGCUGUUUCGGACUCUGUCGUCCUGUAGAAUUGUCGCACCAGGCUUUCAUUGGCAAAAGAGUCAAUGGUCCAGCAACUGUCCGGUGGCGCUCAAAGAGGGCAGGAUCGUCAAGGGCAGACCAGAGUUUGCCGUUGGCUUCAUAGAUAAGUUCUACAUCCUGUCAUCUCAGGAAGCCCUGCAGAAGUUCAUGGCGAACCCUCGACGCUACCUGCUGCCACACAUACCCCACUUGCCUUGCAAGGUGUCUGUGAUCGGCCCACCAUGCUCAGGAAAGAGCACAAUGAGUGCACUGCUAGCUGAGUAUUAUGGGGCUGUAGUGGUAGAUGUUGAAGCGCUGAUGGAGCGUACACUUGGUACGUUCACAAAAGACAUGUUGGACAAAGUGCAUCAAGAUGCCACGCUCACAGGCUUAGAGAAGGUCAGGACCAAGAUGCAGCUUGAGGCUACAAAUGCAUCAGGUAAUGUAACAACUAAUGAAGGAGAGUCUGGUGAAACUCACACAGAUACACACCCAGCCAGUGAAAUAAGUGAAAAAGAGGUGACAGAAGAUCACCCAGAUGUUCAAGCUUUUGUGGAGGAUGCUGUGAAGAAAGCAGCAGAGUCUCCAGCUACAGCUCCACGGGAGCUUUUUUUGGAGGCCUUUGAGAAGCACAUAAGAGAGAUUGAGCCUGAAGAUGUUGAACAUAUAAGGGGAUGGAUACUGGACAACAUUGCCAGCAGCAGAUCCCAGCUGAUCACUAUUGAGGAACUACAUAGUGCUGUAACACCAGAAAUCCUAUUCUGUCUGAAAGACAAUGAUGGAGAGGGAAGGACUAUACUAACCAGGAUGUAUGAACGGAAUAAAGAACAGGUGGAUAGAUCUGUGCUGGCCCGCCUACAAAAAGAAAGAAAACUGCAGAAGACACAAGACAUCAAUGAGAGACUGAAACACACUGAGGACUCAAAGAAAGGUUCACAGCCUACUGACACCAAGUCCAAACUAGAGACCCUGCAUGAGGAGUCAGAGAGUUUUGAUAAGUCUGAUGAAGAAGACAAAACUCUAAACGAUGAAGAGAUGGCGCUGCCAACAGUGUGGGAAAAUGGUUAUCCUGACGGCCCAGAGAUGGAGGCUUUUAGUGUGCAGCUGAAGCAAUUUUUGGCAGAUUGGGAAAACAUGGAGCACACAAUCACCUGCAGCUAUGCUAUACUGGACAUCAGCAACAAAACCCCUCAGGACACACUCAAAGAGAUGAUUUACCAUAUGGAGAAGCCAUUUAAGUACACAGCUAUGAGCAUAUCUAGUGCAGACCUGGAGGAGGAGGAAGAGAUUGAGCCUGAAGAUGUUGAACAUAUAAGGGGAUGGAUACUGGACAACAUUGCCAGCAGCAGAUCCCAGCUGAUCACUAUUGAGGAACUACAUAGUGCUGUAACACCAGAAAUCCUAUUCUGUCUGAAAGACAAUGAUGGAGAGG